AUUCCUUACGACCUUUCAGACUUUGCUGCAAAUUGAAACUCACAGCUCGGCCUGUCUCGCUACAACUCGAGGCCCAGCUUCAGGAACGUUGACUGCAGCACUCUGCGCCUAUGUUGCCUACGUUCCAUUAAAUGCAAAAACGAACUUACUUUCAAUGGCUUUUAGAUUAGGAAGGGGUGUUCGGGACCGGCUCUGAGGGGCGAGCAGCAGCAAACAGCCAGGGCGCGGCGCUCACAGCGUUUUGCGCGCUGAGGAGGGCUCGCCGUAAACCAUGAACAACUACCAUAUUUACGAGAAGAUUGGCUUUGGGAAGGCGUCGACGUGCUACAAGGGGCGGAAGAAGAAGACUAUCAGCUAUUAUGCUAUUAAGUCGGUGGACAAAACCCAGAAGGCGCGAGUGCUGCAGGAGGUGCGCACUAUGCACGCGUUGGACCACCGCAACAUCCUCAAGUUCUACGCCUGGUAUGAGACGACCAACCACCUAUGGCUCAUCCUGGAGUACUGCGUGGGAGGCGACCUCAUGUCGCUGUUGCGGCAGGACGUGCGCCUGCCUGAGAGCUCUGUGCACGACUUUGCUCGCGACCUGGUCACCGCGCUGCAAUACCUACACAGCAAGGAGAUUAUCUACUGCGACUUGAAGCCCUCCAACAUUCUCCUGGAUGAGAAUGGGCGCAUGAAGCUUGGCGGGUUUGGCCUGUCGCGCCGCCUGGCCGAUAUCAACAAGAAGCCGCUGCAGGCGCUGCCGCAGGCCAUGCGCGGCACGCCCUGCUACAUGGCCCCGGAGCUGUUCUCGGAGGGUGCCACCCACUCCACCGCCUCCGACCUGUGGGCGGUGGGCUGCGUGCUGUACGAGUGCUCCAUGGGCCGCCCGCCCUUCCUCAACUCCUCGCUGAACCAGCUCAUCCACGAAAUCCUGAACAACGAGCCGCAGCCUAUUACAGGCGCGAGCGCGGAAUACCAGGAAAUGAUCUCGCGCCUGCUGGACAAGAACCCCGCCACGCGCAUCAAGUGGAGGGAGCUGUGUGCGCACCCGUUCUGGCAAGUGCGGCUGCCGACGCUGGACCUGCCUCCGGAGCCGGCGCUGGAGGCGUUCAUUGCGCGCUACAACCUGGCGCCCACUGUGGAGGAAAUGAGGCAGUCCACGCGCGACGGGCUCAAACUGGACAAGGGCCGCGUGAUGCGGCAGAGCGUGGACAUCACGCGCCUGUCGCGCAUCGCACAGCACAACCUGGAGCGCGAGGGCGAGGGCGCCGACUACAGCAGCGCCGUGGGCGGCGCGCCGGCGGCGGAGGCGCAGGCGGGCGACAUCCGAAUCGACUCGGCGGACGCGGAGCUGGACUUUGAGGAGAACCGCGAGGAGGCCGUGGAUGAGGAGACGCCGGUCUCUCCGGCACCCAGUGAUGAUGGCAUGGUGAUCGACCAGGGCUCGGGCACCCCGCUGUCGGAUGGCGGCCGCAUGAUCAGCGCCACCGCCAAUGACGCCAUGAUGGCGCGCGCUGCGGCGCACCAGGGGGCGCACGGCGCGCACAACGCGCCCGCCACGGCGCGGCGCGGCGCCGCAGACGGCCCGUCGGCUAGCAGCAUGGGCCCCUCGGCGGCGGGGGCGCGGCCGGUGACGCGCGGGGAAGACCGGUCCGCGGCUGCAGCGGGGGCGAGCGGCCGUGCCGCGGAGGCGGAGGCAGCUGCUACGGCAGCGGCUGCGGGCGCGUCGGCCAUGGACGACGACCUUCUGGUGGAGACGGGGCCCAUGGUGACGGACCGGGACUCGGCAUCGCUGGAGGAGCUGAUCUGGCACCCCUCGGACACGGCAGUCAAGCCCAUCGUGGCGAAUCGCCGAAUAGAGCGAUUGCCGGACCCGCGCUUCGACGCUGCCAGCCUGCCUUUUAAGCCGUGGAGCCUGCCGGAGAUGCUCAAUGCCAACCAGGCUGACCUGGAGGCCUUCCUCACACACAUCUACCGCGCCAUCGCCAGCGCCGCGCCGCUCAAGGACAAGGUGAAUGUGCUCAGCUACUUUGAGACGCUGUGUGUGGACACCAACGCCGCCAACGUCCUCAUCAACAGCUCCCUCACCAUCCUUUUCAUCCGCAUGCUGCGCAACGCACGUGCCCCCACGCUACGUAUCCGCCUCGCCAGCGUGCUCGGCCUGCUGGUACGGCACGCGACAUACAUUGCGGAGGAGCUGGCGAGCACGGGCGUGGUGGAGGUGCUCAGUGAGGCGCUAAAGGAUAAGAACGAGCGCGUGCGGCGGCGCGUGAUCGCCACGCUGGGCGAGCUGCUGUUCUACAUCGCCACGCAGCAGCAGGACAACGCGGCGGCGGCGGCGGGCAACGGCGGCGCGCCGCCGGCUGACCCUACCGUGGUGUGGGGCAUCUCCAGCAACACUUACGCGCAGGUGAUGCGGCUGCUGAAGGACAAGGAGGAUGAGGUGGCGGCGCACUACGCGGUGAAGACGGUGGAGAACAUCUGCAGCCAGGGCGGCGAGUGGGCGCAGCGCUUCGCCACGCAGGACGUGGUGCUCAGCCUGGUGCAGCUCAUCAACGCCACGGGACGCAGCGAGCAGCUGCGAGCCACUGCCGCGUCCACACUGGCGCGCCUGCUCAGGCACAGCCCGACGCUGGUGGCGCACACCGUGGAUAAGUACGGCAUCCGCCUCUUUGUGGGCUGCCUACUCGAAGGCACCGCCGCCUCGCCCUCCUCCGCCGGCGGCACCAGCGGCGGCGCCGGCAGCGGCGCGGGCGGUGCCAGCGCCAAGGUGCAGACCGCCGCGCUGAACCUGAUCAACCUGACGCUGGCGCAGCCGGACCUGUCCACGCGUGCUCGGGCCUCGCUGGCGGAGGAGCGCGGGCUGCUGCCGGGGCUGAUCGCGCUGAUGGACCACUCCAUGCCGCUGCUGCGGGCCAAGGCGGUGGUCACGGUCAUGCUCCUGAGCAGGCUGUCUCCGCGCUGGCUGCUGGAGGCGUGCAAGGCCAAGCUCAUCCCCGCUGUGGAGCGCCUCACGCGCGACAAGGACGACUACCAGAGCCGCGCGCUGGCUGCGCUCCGGGCAGAGGCUGCGCGCCUCACGCCCGCCAUCUGCGCGUCCAUCACCGAAGAGCUGGGUGGCCGUGGCAGCGCUGGAGGCGUGCGCCGCAACUCCGGCAUCGCCGGCGCGCGGCCGGCGCCCGCCAAGUCGCCACUGGCGCUCUUCCCGGUCAUGCUCCACCUGCUGACCAGCCCCUACUUCCGCAGCGCGGUGGUGUCGGGGCAGUUGGUGGCGGAUCUGGCCAGCUGGCUCAGCAUCACGGCGGGCCCGGCGGCGGGCGGCGCCAUCGGCGGCGGCGCGGGCGGCUCACUGACGUCGUCCGCCAACUCGUCAGGCGCAGCGCUUUUGGCGGAAUUUAAGACCACGCUCAUGCACGUGCUCGAGGCGCUGUGCCAGCAGGGCGAGCUGGUGCUGCAGCACUACGCCGGCGUGCUCAACACGCUGCUGCCGGCGCUGUGCGGCGUGGUCAGCGCGGAGGCUGAGGGCGGCGACACGCGCUUCUUCUGCCUGCGCAUGGUGUCGGACGUGCUGCAGACGCUGCUGCUGGACGAGGAGCUGUACGGCAGCGCGGCGCAACGCGCCGAGGGCAGCGCGGCGGGCGGGAACGUGGGCGUGGCGGCGGCGGCCAUUGACUGCGUGCUGCGCUCGCACAUCCUGCCGCUGGUGCCGCGGCUUCUGAGGGACGAGGACCCCAUGCCGUUGUACGCUCUCAAGCUGCUGGGCGGGCUGCUGGAGAUCAACCUGUCCUACGUGGCGGACGUGGAGGCCAUGGGCCUGGCGGCGCAGUUCUUCGAGUUCCUGUCGCUGGAGCACUCCAACAACAACGUGCACAACAUCCGGUUGUGCCGCCAGAUCAUCGCCGCCGGCUCCAUGCCCGUCGCGCAGCUGGUGCAGCUGCAGGUUGCGGAGAAGGUGGCUGCGGUGCUGGAGUACGCGACCAACAACGCCGUGGAGCCCUUCCUGGAGCCGGUGCUGGAGCUGGUCAACACCAUACUGCAGCGGGACGCGCUGGAGGUGUCUCAGAACCGCUCCGACGGCGCGCUGGCCGCCGUGUUCCUGGAGCAGGCGGGCGUGCUGCUGGACAACUGCGCCCAUCCUGACCUGCCCGUGUCCUCCUCCGCCGCCAGCGCCACCUCCAGCCUGGUGGCGCUGUUCCCGCAGCAGUGCGCACCCUGGCUGCUGGCGCCAGAGAACGCCACAGCGCUGGCGACCGUGCUGGCGGGGCAGCACAUGCUGCAGCAGCCGGGGCAGCAGCCCGGCAACUCGGCUGCGGCGGUGCCGCCGUCGCUGGCGCAGCCGCUCCUCGAGGCGGUGGCCACAGCCCUGGAGGUGCCGGGUGCGGCCGCGCCGUCGGAGGAGCUGGUGCAGCUGUACGAGUCGGUGCGGCAGUCGGCGUCGGCGUCGGCGGACGCGGGCGUGCGCAGCCUGGCGGCGGAGGUGGCGGGCUCGCUGGGGGCGGUCAUGCACUGAUGGCGUAUGAAGGUGUUUGCUUGGUGGCGAUGGCGGGUAGCUAAGGGUCGAGGAUGCGUGCGACUGGUUGUAGAAGCCGUGCGUGCGUGGCUGGGCCUUCAGCCUGGGCAUGCUCCAUAGGGUUGCGCGCUGGGAUAUCGCACCGGUACGGUAUGAUGAUGGGGUGGAGGCCAAGGUCCUGAAGAUGGGUGAGUGGACAGGCGUGACGUUGAUAUGAGCAACUGUGCAUGCAGAGCGAUACCAGCGUGGUGUGCUGGUAUCUUGCUUUCAUGGAGUGGAUUACCGUAGUGUGGACAAGCGCGACUUGAUUGUCGGCUGCAUGGACCCACGUCAAGCGGGCUAGGAUAGAUGGAGGUUGUAGCUCACGAGUCACGACCCAUGCCUUGGCAAGGAAGUGCAUACUGACUGGCCCUCUAAAUCAAGCUGUAUCCUGAUGUCAUUUGCUGGUUUACCUGUUAGUAACGCCUGAGCUUGCCUCAAAGUCUCCGAGCUACUGGUGCAGGCGAACACCCGCUGCUGCAGGGUGGCUACGUACGGUUGGCUGGGGGGAGGCCGGGCACCUCUUAUUGGGCCUGCCAUGUUGAUCUAUUCCGGAAAUAAGUAGCCCUGGCAUGGCGGAACCCGGUGGCACUGUCGAGUUCCUGCUGGCUCUGUUAUUACUCCCGCCUUGCUUCCACAAGUGCAGGUCGACGAAGGGCCGCAGCUGUCUCGCUCGCUCGGUACGGCGCCGCGCCCAUGACCUGCGUCACGGCUGCGUGGAAGUGCAUCGGUGUCGGUGUGCAUGUGUCUUAGUCAGUGUGGGCGCAGGUGGUGGUGUGCGUAUGUCAGUAUGUGUGAUGAAAGCACACAAGGGGAACUUGUAGCUACGGGGGUGUCUGUCCAUCCCCUGACGUGCCCCUGUGGCCGCUAGAUCAGGCCCGGGGCUGAGGGGCUUGAUGAUUUGCGUGGACAUGACACAUACAUACACCUGUAGUCAACCUUUCCAGUACGCCUUUAGUGGUAGCUGCCGGACCUACCUCAACAGCUAGGGCAUUCAUCCCUUCCAAUUCUGUGGUGAUAAUGGCAGGAAUGGACUGACGCAGAAGCUGAAGAGCAUUGAGGCCUUUUGGGGCUGAGCCCCCCAUCCAGGAACACCCGUGCGCGCGACUAUACCUCACGAGUGUGACGUUGCGGUACGUGUGUGUGUGUGUGUGUGAGGGUGUGUGUGUGUGUGCGUGUGUGUUAUUUUGUCACUACGACCAUCUGCUGCCGGUUUGUGCCUAGCUCAGGCUGUCCGCUGAUACUAUGUCGCGUAACACGAGGCGCUCCCGCAUGACUGCUGUUGCUGGCUGGCGCCGUGCAACUAGCUGAGCUGAGAGGCCCCUGAUACGCAGCAGAGUGUGGAUGGAGAGGGCAUCGCAUCGGACCGAGUGGACUGCCGUCGCAGUCCUUCGCUGUAGGGGUUAUGUUUCACCCGCUACUCGACGUCAAAUGUGCUAGGCUUGACUGCCGCUGAACACGCCCGGCCUCCUCGCGGUCACAGGUGAUCAGUCGAGGUCACAGACACAUUAGCCAUACAUGUACUGUAGUGCCAAUCUGGAGUUGACGAGUGUUGCGGUACUAAUGCGUACGUAAUGAGUAUCAGCGGACAGCGCUGAUACUAGGCGUCACUGUCAGCUAAGUGCGCCCCAACAACCGUACGGCAAGUCUCAUGCUCGCCAAGUAACGCACACGCACACCAACCCUAGCCUACACACGUCAACCUGUGGCCUGCACUGACCCGUACGCCCUGUGACGGCGACAUGCACUGCCGGCAGAUUGACUUGACAAUUUGUGUGUAUGUGUCGGGUGCACUGGUCAGGUCGCACGCACGCCUGGUCAUCAGCAGCACAGGUGUAGUAGUGGCGCCUUACCUGACGUCCGUAGGGUGUGCACUGCGCAAGGAGCAACUCGGAGCUUUCGAAGGAUUUCGAGCGGCAGGGCUGAAGCUCCGAUGGAAAGGAGGGGCGGGCAUUUCGUGCCAAGGCACCUAGUCACCUAGGCUAACGGGCUAGCAGUAGAUGGAGUUAAGAGGUAUAGUCGAA